UAAUAAAAGUCAAUAAGGCCAAGAGGCAAAAAAGGUCAGGGAACACAGAAUAAAGUGACAGCUGGGUUCUCCACUUUGUUUAUGAGGUCGAAAGAUAAACUAGCCGUGUGUCAUUCUGGUGGUCCUAAAAUUCCGUGAGAAUAAUAAAGAAAAAGAAAAAGGGAACAUAUUUCGAUUGCGCAAUGUUACGAAAAAUUUCUCAGCCAUCGAUUCCAGUAACAAGUCUGACAGUGCCUGUCAAAGUCGUAUAGCCUUUGGUUAGGUGAUUUUUUUUACAAUUUUUUCGAUUUGUUAGUUUCUCCCCAUUAUACACAUUGUAUAUUCAGCAUUUGCUAUUUUAUACUGAAUUUACAAGCUCGCGUGACAAAAUUUUGUGAAAACAUAUUUCGUAAAGAUUAUACAAUGUCUGACAACGGUGGACAAGCUAAUAUGUCUGGGAGCUCAGGAAUUGCAAAAAAAUCUCGCCGAGGUAAACGAGCCAACAACAAACCAAACCCGAUAAGUGUUGAACAAAUGCUUGCUACUACUUUACAAAAGAUAGAAGUGCAGUCUAAAAAGAGACCCCCUAGAAGACCAAAGGCCUUUAACCAAGGAUCGAACAGUAUUGACAAUAACUCCGAAAUCUCACCUGCCGUUAAGUUGAACACUGUGCUCCAUGAGCAGACUAAUGCGAUAGCUGUCAAUCAUAUUCAAGCACCCAUUGUUCCACAAAUUAUCCAGAAUCAAGGUGUGAACUUGAUGAAUAAAAAAAAGCUGUCAACAAAGUGGAAGAAAAACCAUCUCAGUAAAAACCAACAAGUCAUCCGAGGGCAGACUGAAAAUCUCAGCAUGAACAUUGCUGUUGGUGAUGCUGGGGGAAAUAGAAGAAAAAAUAAAGUUUCAAGUACUCCGGGUAAAAGCACGGAGAAUAAAAAAGGGAACAAAACGAGUUUCCCAGAUUACAUACCUCAAACAUUAAUAAGAAAGUUAUUAGUUAAUCAAACUUCGAAGGAAAUCGAAUAUGUAGAAGGAAACAUAAGGAUAAAUCCGAAGUGUUUUAAAGAAGCUUAUGUUGCGAUGCCUAAUGACGAAAUGGAUAUUUUGAUAGAUGGAAUUCAUGAUAGAAACAGGGCCCUAGAGGGAGAUUUGGUUGCCGUGAAAAUAAAUCCUACGGAUAAGUGGCGUAAUUUGAAAUCAAACAAACCACAAAAGACUGCAACAGUUGUUUGUAUAUUGGAGAAAAUUCACCCUAGAAAAGCAGUUGGGUUUCUCAAAGUCAUGCCUGAUAAAAAUAAUCGGGUUGCUCUAUUUGCACCCAGGGACCAUAAAGUACCUCGAUUAACUAUUGAUUCCACUUACUGGCCCCCCAACUUUUAUAGCGAUCCAGAAUCUUACGCCAAUAUUAUGUUUUUCGCCGAAAUCAUAUCGUGGAAUGAUGUCAGAUAUGCUCAUGGAAAAAUUCUGAAAUGCAUAGGUAAAACAGGAGAUCUCAGGGCAGAGUCUUGCGCAAUUGUGCUCGAAUAUGACCUGGAUGUGACACCCUACAGUACAGAAUUGAUGCAAGACUUACCACCAAGUGACUACCAGCCUGUCGCAACAGACAUCGAUGGUCGAGAAGACUGGAGAAAAAAAUGUAUUUUCACCAUAGAUCCAGCAACUGCUGCAGAUUUGGAUGAUGCAAUGUCGUGCAGUCCCAUGGAGAAUGGAAACUUUGAAGUGGGAGUUCAUAUUGCUGACGUGACGCAUUACCUGAAUGCAUUUACGCCAUUGGACCAGGCAGUUGCACGACGCGCAACGACUAUUUAUUUGUCAGAUAAUGUAUACCACAUGCUGCCUAAACAACUGUGCAACGUGUGCUCUCUUCUGCCAGGCUAUGAUAAGCUUGCUUUUUCCGUUAUAUUCGAAAUGACACCUGGAGGUGACAUAGUCAGGCACAGAUUUGCCAAAACUGUUAUUAAUUCAUGCUGUCAGUUUUCCUACGAGCAUGCUCAAGUUAUGAUUAUGAACCCCACUAAAAAGUGGUCAAAUGACGAAAUCCCUGUGAUCAAAGGUUCCUACACAAUAUCAGAACUGUGUACCGUUGUAAACAGUUUAAAUAAUCUAGCAGUGAAAAUGAGGGAAAAAAGGUUUGAGAAUGGCUCGCUUAGGAUAGAUCAGCCAAAGCUGCAUGUAAUCGUCGACAGAGAGUCAGGAUUACCUAUAUCGUUUACGCUGGAGGAACAGAAAGACAGUAACAGGUUGAUUGAGGAGUUUAUGCUCCUGGCAAAUAUGACUGUAGCCAGGCAUCUCUAUGAAAAUUUUCCGGACGUUUCCUUGUUGCGUUGUCAUCAGCCCCCUCUAAUGCGAAAUCUGUCCAAGACUCAGACAAUGCUUGAAAAGUUUGGGAUCCAUAUAGAUAUUGAGAGCGCGGGUGCCUUGCAGGCCAGUCUAGUUCGAUACCAGCCAGAUCCCUGUGGUAGUACCAAAGAUUUUUACCUGGCAAAGUGCAGGGCUGUUGUGAUGAACAUUCUUUGCGCGAAAACCAUGGCACGUGCCAGAUAUUUUUGUACCUCAGUCAAAAUGGACGCUGAAACAUUGAAACAUUAUGCUUUAAAUGUUCCUCUCUAUACGCACUUUACAUCGCCGAUCAGAAGGUACUCUGAUUGCAUAGUGCACCGAUUACUGCAUGCAUCCAUUCAGAACGCUUUACCAGUUCCUAAUUGGACGCCAAGUCUAUGCGCUGAGAUAGCAAUGAAUUGCAACAGACAGAAAUACAAUGCCAAACUAGCUCAAGAGGCGUCUAGCGAAUUGUACCUGACCUAUCUUUUGGGUCUUACAGGGCCCGUAAACACCACUGCCAUCACACUUGACGUGAAAGAUCGAAGCAUUGAUAUUAUUCUUUACGAAAUGGGUAUUAACUUGCGAAUUUACUUUGCUGAGCUGGAAAAGGUCGCCUCAGUUCAUCACGUUGAGGAAGAUGAUAUACAAACAGUAACGAUUGUUUGGAAAGAUUCAAAUAUGUCGCAAGUGAUCAACAUAUUUAGCAUAGUAAAUGUUCGGGUCAGCAAAGAUCCGGCAAAGAAUCGUUUACUCGGAGAGUUACUAGCUCCGAUGCCACUUGAUAUUCAGGCCUCAGUACAAACAUUAUAAAUGACCAUUUGAAUUAUUGACGCAGUUCACUGGAAUAUAGCACAAUCAUUGUAAUUAAUUUCGGAAAGAAUUAUAUACUCACGAGAUAAUUUUUUUUAGCUAUGAAUUGACUUCUGCAAUUUUGAUGUAUCCUUAACAAAUACUGUAUAUUUUUAUCAUCAUGUUUUAUGAAUAUAUAUAUAUGUUUUUUC